UAUAACAAUUAUUUCUUCUUCUUUCUUCAUCUCGAAUUUAUUGUUUCAUUUUUCGAAUUGAUAAAGAUGACCGAGAAUCUUCCAGUUCCAGCUUAUUUCAUCGUCACUUUUUUCAUAAGCCGUUUAAAAUCCAGCAUGGGCAAAUCCAAGCCAUGGACUAGCUUCCACCUGCAGCCAAACAAGCUCCGGCUCCGAGACGAUCCCGAAGCUUUAAACUCGGCCUCCACCGAUUACGGAAACAUGGUCAAGGAAACACCCGCCGCGGUUCUAAACCCUUCUUCCAUAAACGACGUCGUCCAGCUGAUUUCCUACGCCUACAACAAUCCCAUUCCCUUCCAAAUAGCGGCGAGAGGGCAAGGGCACUCUGUCCGCGGCCAAGCCAUGGCCCGGGACGGAGUAGUGAUCGACAUGUCGUCGUUGCGGCGUAAUCGGGCCACGCCGGGAAUCACCGUCUCCACGGGGGAAUUCUACGCCGACGUGGGCGGAGAACAGCGCUGGAUCGACGUGUUGAACGCCACGUUGGAAUAUGGGCUCACGCCGGUUUCGUGGACGGAUUAUUUGUACAUAACCGUUGGCGGGACGCUGUCGAACGCCGGCAUCAGCGGCCAAACUUUCCGGUACGGGCCGCAGGUCAGCAAUGUGGUGGAGAUGGAUGUCGUCACCGGGAAGGGGAAUAUGGUGACUUGCUCUGCCAAAAGGGAUUCUGAGCUUUUCCAUGCCGUUCUUGGAGGGUUGGGUCAAUUUGGAAUUAUUGCUCGGGCCAGAAUCGUUUUGGAACGGGCUCCAACAAGGGUUAAAUGGGUACGAAUGCUGUACAGUAACUUUUCCGAAUUCGCCAAGGAUCAAGAGAAUUUGAUCUCACUGCACGGAAGGAAACAAGAGAAUGCACUGGAUUACCUCGAGGGUUUGGUUCUGCUGCAUCACGGUUCACCGGAUAACUGGCGCUCCUCCUUCUUCCCGCCGUCCGACCAUCCCAGAAUAAUCGCAUUGGCUAAUCAAAACUCUCUAAUUUAUUGCCUUGAAGUUGUCAAGUAUUAUGAUGAUAGUACUCAGUCUAUCGUAGACAAGGAGGUUGAUGCAUUAUUGGAAGGGUUAGGUUAUGAGAGGGGAUUCAAAUUUGAGAAAGAUGUGAGCUACGUGGAAUUUCUAAAUAGGGUUCGAAGUGGAGAGCUUAAGCUUCAAUCCCAAGGACUUUGGGACGUUCCUCAUCCAUGGCUAAAUCUCUUCAUACCCAAAUCUCGUAUCUCCGAUUUCGACUCUGGUGUCUUUAAAGACAUAGUUUUAAGGCAUAACAUAACCAAAGGACCUGUCCUCAUCUAUCCCAUGAACCGAUCCAAAUGGGAUAGUAGGAACUCUACCGUUAUACCAGAUGAAGAAGUGUUCUACACGAUAGGGUUUUUGCAUUCAAGUGGGUUUGGAGAUUGGAAAUCGUUCGAUGAACAGAACGAAGAGAUAUUAGAAUUUUGUGCAAAAUCUGGCAUUGAAAUCAAACAAUAUCUCCCUCAUCACAACACAAAACAACAAUGGAUCCACCAUUUUGGUUCCAAAUGGACAACUUUCCAGGAAAGGAAAAUGAAGUUUGAUCCCAAACAUAUUCUCUCUCCUGGACACAAAAUUUUCAAUGCCUGAGAUUUUUUACCCUCGCCGUGUAAGGAAAAAAUCAAAUAAAUAUAAUAGGUAGUAAAC